GGUUGCUCAAUCGAGCUCAGGAUCUCUGAUCUCACGCAAGCAGACAUGGCGGACAAGGAUCCAUUUAGGCAGCUGAAAGACCUGUCUCUCCUUAAAGACCAGCUCGAUAACAUUCAGCGUCGGGUGGAGGAUGAAGUCGGAGUUGGGGUUCCACAGGGUGGAAGUGUGCUCAGUUCUCCCUUCCUCAAAGGCUUUUUGGCUGGCUAUGUGGUGGCAAAGUUCCGUUCCUCUGCAGUCCUGGGAGUUCUUGUAGGAACCUGCACAGGCAUUUAUGCCGCUCAGAGCUAUCAAGUGCCUAACGUUGAGCAGACCAUAAAAAGUUACUUCAGCUCAUUCAAGAAGAGAUAGAGGGAGCCAGUGUAACAUCUCAGAAAUGGUGCCUUAUCCGGGAACUUAAUCUUGUACCUCAACUGAGGUGCCAGUCAUCAGACCACAUAGAAUAACUGGAUGUAUUUAGAUGAUACUUUGGUGUCUAAAAUAAUUAUGCUUCUCAGGUUAGCAGUUUUAGGUUAUUUUCUAUUUAAAAUUAGUUAGGUCUGUGUUACAACAGCUUUUUUGAAAUACACCUAAAUUCCUUAUGAUUGUACAAAUGGCCAAAACUAUGUUAUCAGUGCUUAAUAUGCUUUAAGUGUUAAUGUUCUGUCUGUUACAUAUUUUUUCCAAUAAUUGUUUUUUUAAACAGAGGUUUGCACAAAAUCAGGUGAACAAUCAGAAUCAACACACUCUGUAAAUAAUGUUUGCCAUUGAACAAUUCUUGUACUUUUCAAAUGUCAAAAAUUGCUGGACUUGAGUAGCUGAAGCGUUUUAAAUAGCUGUUGGAUAAAUAAAUGUUGCACUUUACCACAUUCA